UAUUGUUACGCAUUUUAAGUAUUAACAUUUGUCUGCGCUACGAACACACAUUCGCUAUAUAAAAACGAGAGAGUUGCACAAACAAAUAUAUCACUUAACUUGAAAGUAAGGUACACGUGGAUUUUGUUUUGAGGAUACGCGUAGGAACCACAAAUGAUCAAGCAACUGCAGAAUGUACUCAAACGGAACCUAUGGCUGGUGCUUGUGAUUAUCCUCCUGUUCGGUCUCCUGUCUCUGUUACUUCCGGGACUCGCCAGCGUCCGCUCGGCCGUUUCCAUCCAAGACAUCUACGACAGGCUCAGCGUACAAGACUCCUUUUUCCAGGUCCUCAGAGAAUCGGUAGUGGAGAAAAACGCUGACAACAAAACGAUACACGUGGCCUUUCUGAAAGUCCACAAAACCGGAAGUACGACUGCUCAGAAUAUGUUUCUAAGGUUCGGAUGGAAUCACAACCUUACGUUUGUCCUUUCGCCGUCGAAGAACGAUUUCAAGUACCCGAACAUCAUCAGCUUGAGGGAGGGUAUGACGCCGAAGAAUACACUCCCUCCACCGGAAGGGAAGCACCACGAUAUAUUGUGCAAUCACGUGGUGUACAACCGAACCUCGUUUCGGAAAUAUAUGCCAAACGACACAUUUUACGUAGGGAUUCUACGCGAGCCAUACGAAUAUUUCAAGUCCGUUUUGAACUAUUUAAGACCCGGUUAUAUUUUCAAGAAGAUAAACACUAGCUUGCCGGUCUCGGAAUACUUAAAGGAUCCGCGGAAGUACGAACCUAAAAGCCCAGCCAUGUCAUUCACGAAUAACCGACUCGCGUUCGAGUUCGGUUGCACAGCUGACGUCAUCGAGAGCAGCGAUGCGAAACAAAUUAUCCAGUUUGUCAAGAGCGUCGAUAGCGAUUUCGGGUUGGUGAUCAUAACGGAACUAUUCGAGGAAUCAAUACUGCUGCUACGACGAUAUCUUAACUGGUCCACGAAAGACGUCAUUUACCUUGACAAGAACAUCGCGAAGAACAAAAACACGACGAGCUUCGUUGGUCCUUACGAUAGGCAGUUAUACAAACGAUGGGCCAAGGUUGAUUACGCACUCUAUGAGUACUUUUACCGGCGGCUCAGGGACCAGAUUCGCAGGGAAGGGGAUGAUUUUGACGAGGAACUUCUACACUUCGCUGAAAACAGGAAAAUGGCGAGCGAAUUUUGUAGCGCCGGUGAAGCGAAUAAAAAGUCCAAUAGCAAACUAAUCGUUCAUAAAUCGAAAUGGAGCGAAGGGUUUGAGAUAACCAGCAGUGACUGUGAUUUACUUCGUAAAGCAGAAAUCCCAUUUGUCCAGGACAUCCGUUUUAGACAAUACGGCUCAAUGAAGAUUUAACAUUCUUAAAACAUUAAUGUAAAAUGCCCAUCUUAUAGCAGAGUUGUCGUUUGACGCCCAAUCCAUUGAGCCUUGUUCUGAGAUAAUUGGGCUGAAUGCAUGUGCCUGAGGUUUCUUCCCAUAUUAGACUGUGCAUAAUAUUCAGAAAAAUCAGGGACGACACUUUCUGAUUUUAUGGAUUUUUCGUUUAAAGGAAGUAUCUUCUUAGCAAAUAUCCAGUUUAGGCGGAAAGUGUGGUCCAUGUCCAUGAUUAGUCUGUGCGGGCUAUAAAUGCAUGUGCGUAAAGUAUCGGCCCAGAUUAGCCUGUGCAGUCCGCACAUGCUAAUCAGGGACCACACUUUACGUUUGUAUGAUAUGUUUCGUUUAAAGAAAGUCUCUUCUCAGCAAAAAAUCGAGUUUGGGCGGAAAGUGUCGUCCCUGAUUAGCCUGUGCGGACUGCACAGUCUAACGUGGGACGACGCAUAUGCAUUAAACUCCCUUUUCACAAAGAACAGCCCAAAUGUGUUUCACCCCGGAAAUUCCAGAGCGUGGCUCCAAACAUCUCCGCAGUCGGCAGAAAAUCUUGCCUGAAACCAAAUGCAUAUUGUAACGCAGAUUUUAAGUUGAUGCGUAGAAACAAAAGCCUUUUAAUAAAAAAAUGUAUGUUGUAUUUUUAUUUAUCACCAUUCAGUAAGAAUCAAUUUUGAUCGCUUUCAUAUUUAUGUUACGUAUGUUCAUUCAAAUAAUUGAAGUCUAAAUAUUUUAUCGCUUACCGGUACAUGUUAUCAUUUAUAUUACAAUCUUUUGUGUUUUAAAGGUUUUGAUAAAUUGAUUAAAAACGUAAAUUGCCUUAUUCGGCGUGUAAGAGAUUAUGUUUAAUAUGCCUAUAUAAAUGAAUGCCGUUAAGUCGCUGCAGUUUCGUGGAUAAAGAUUGUACACUCUGAAUUGAGUUCUUGAUGUUUUUAUUCUGAGAAAACUGGGCUAACACGUUAAUACCGGUAUAUGGUUUACAUGGCUGUGUUAUUCCAUUUGGUUUCAUUGCACGAUAUAUAUAUAUUUUGUUUUUGAAAAUUAAGCCCUUAGUCUUUGAUCAUUAGAAAUAAUAUAAUUAUGCUAUUGUCCAACAAUCCAUAUUAACAUACCAAU